AUGUCGUCAAGCAGAGUAGCAAUCGUGACGGGCGCCUCAUCAGGCAUGGGCGAGGCCCUCGCCGAGGCUCUCGCGUCCAGAGACUGGCUCGUUGCCAUGUUUGACAUUCAACCCAACGACACGCUUGCCGCUCGCCUCGGCGACAGGGCGAGCUACCAUCACUGCGAUGUGUCCGACUACGACAGCCAGGCCAGGGCGUUCACCGAGGUGUGGGACAAGUAUGGGCGCAUCGAUGCGCUCUGCGCGAAUGCAGGGAUUGUCGAUAAGAGUUCGCUUUACAUCCUCAACCACAGAAACUCGGAUGAGAUCCCGCCGAAGCCGAACCUGCUAACGACGGACAUUGACUGGAAGGGCGUCGUGUACGGCACCCAGCUCGCCGUGCACUUUAUGCGCAAGAACAAGGUGCCAGGCGGAAACAUCGUGGCGACGGGGAGCGUGGCGGCUGUGGUGCCGCACGAGACAUACCCCGAGUACGAUGGCGCCAAAGCAGCGAAGGAGAACAUCCGCAUCAACUGCGUUCUGCCUGGGAUCGUGGCCACAAAAAUCAUCCCCCCGGAAAUGGUGGCAGCCGUGUCGCUGGAAUGCCUGACACCCGUGUCGACUAUCGUGAGAGCUUACAACAAGUGCCUCGACGACGACAGCCUGGCCGGUGAGGUCUUGGAGUGCUCUGUGGAGGAGAUACUUCCUCUGCCCGUUCCCGAGCUGCGGAACGGCAGGUUCUCCAAGCGGGCUGUCACGGUGUGGGAUCCAUUGUUCAAGAUGUACCACGGUGAAGAGUCGGGGCUGCCCGAUGCGAUUCCUUGA